AUGACUCUCUUUCACAGCACUUUGGUCAUCUCUUUCGUGGCUCUUGCUGUUUUGCAAUCUACUAGCGUGAGCGCCGCUACGUGCACGGAAGAUGAGCAAUCCACCAUCAAUAGCGUGCACACCGACCUGGCGAGCAGUGCAGUGUGCGCAGACCUCAUCAGUGACUCGGACGCCACGUCACUCGACUACUGCAUGAAGAGUGAUUGCAUCUCGGAGCUUAGUGCUGCCGUGGACAAACUGCCGGAAUGCACAAGUGAAGACGAGACUAAUCGCAAGACCGGAUUGCAGGCCAUCAUCACGAACUGCGCUGACGUGGCAGAGGUGUCGGACCGGUCUCCAUCUGCUUCGGAUGACCCCGACUCAGUUGUCUCGAGUGCUUCACAAGAUUUCUUAGCUACAGGUGCUCUGUUCACUCAGUUUUCAGUAGCGCUUUACUUCUUCGCGGGACUCUUGUAA